AUGCUUUCUUUUGCUGGUCAUUUGCAGCUCAUUUGCUCGGUGCUUCAGAGUUUUCAGGUUUACUGGGCCAGUGUCUUUGUUCUUCCGGCCCGGGUGGUGCAUGAGGUGGAGCGUCUACUUCGCUCGUUUUUGUGGAAGGGCUGUGAGGGUGGGUCCUCUGGGGCGAAGGUGGCUUGCAUAAACACCCAGUCAGCUGGGUGUUCGCCACUUGGCCUCGUGGAAUUGUGCUGCUAUUAUGAAGCUGCUCUGGCUUCUUCUCACGCGUGCUGGGUCGUUGUGGGUCGCUUGGGUGGAGGCUUAUGCUCUACGGGGUUCUUGUAUUUGGACUGUCCGGCCUUCGUCUCGAUUUUCCUGGUGUUGGCGGGAUAUUCUGGGUGUCCGGGAUUCUCUCCGUCCUUUGGGGAUGGUCGGCUUUGUUUUGUGUGGCACGAUCCCUGGUUGUCGGGGGGUCCGAUUCACCCAAGGUGUGGGGAUAGGGUCAUCUAUGAUGUUGCUAGCUCUUCUAUGGCUAAGGUUGUUGACUUUUUGCUUCCUGAUGGUUCUUGGCGGUGGCCUCGUGUUUCGGUGGAUCUUCUUGAGCUUCUGCCAGAGGUUAUGUCGGUGCGAACUGUGGUUGGUAAGGAGGAUCGCUUUGUUUGGACUCCCGCGGUGUCUGGCCUUUUUUCGGUCUCUAGUGUUUGGGGGAUUCUUCGUCCUCGUCGUCCCCCAGUUUCUUAUUUUUACUUGUUAUGGUUUGGUGGGAAUAUUCCUAAACAUUCGUUUAUUUCUUGGUUGGCAAUUCGUGAUCGCCUAUUUACGCGUGAACGUCUUCGCCAGUGGAAUGCGUUGGUGCCUGCUACUUGUGUUUUUUGUGCUGGUUUGGAGUCUAGGGAUCAUCUGUUUCUUGAUUGCCCUUAUAGUCGAGCAGUUUGGGCUGGUAUGAUUUCGUGGGCAGGUUCGUCUCAUCGGGUUUCAUAUUGGUCUACUGAGCUUACUUGGAUUUGUCAUGUUAAUGUUGGGUCGUCUUCUCGGCGGCAUGUGUGGCGGUUAGCUUGGACUUUGACUGUCUCUCUCCUUUGGCGGGAGCCGAACCUUCGUAUUCAUCGUGGUCAGGGUCGCUCGUCGUCUGUGCUCCUUAGGGUUAUUAAAGCAGAGGUGGCGACGUUCGAUGGUUUCGUGAAGGAGAGGAUGAAUGAACUUGUUGAUCUGUGGAAGGGUUUAGAUCUUUCAGAUGAGAAGAAUGAAGUUGUACAGGUUGGGUAUGAAAGCAAUUUGUUAUCUGCUGAUAGUGUGGAGUUGUGUGCUGUGGCAAAGGUUCUUUUAACUCGGCGAAUAAGUGCGGAUGCUUUUCGAUUAGUGAUGAAGUCAUUGUGGCGGUUUGAUAAGAGUCUUGUUAUCCUAGUUUCGUCAAAUGCUGCUGACCGGCCAUCUGACUUGCAGUUUACGACUGUCUCUUUUUGGGUCAAAAUCCACAAUGUUCCCUUUCAAUAUAUGACUCGGGAGGUGGCUGUUCAAUUGGACAGUGUUUUGGGUUUCGUCGAGGGAUUCGAUUGUGGCGACAGAUUGAAUUAG